AUGUCCCAAUUCGACUUCGUGCAGGCAUACAUUGCAAGGAUCAAUGAGGUCAACGGAACCCUCAAUUGCGUCACCGAGGUUAACCCGGACGCUGUUAGCAUUGCUGCAGGAUUGGAUGCAGAGCGAGCAAAUGGCACUACCAGAGGACCCCUGCACGGGGUACCGAUCAUUAUUAAAAACAACAUUGCAACGAACGAUAAGAUGAACAACACCGCAGGCUCCUUUGCUUUAUAUGGAGCGAAAGUGCCAAGAGAUUCGACACUAGCUUCCAAACUGAGAGCUGCAGGCGUCGUUAUCCUAGGAAAAGCGAACUUGAGUCAAUGGGCGAAUUUCAGAUCUGACAACAGCACGAACGGGUGGAGUGCUUAUGGCGGUCAAUGCUACGGAGUCUAUUACCCAGGCCAAGAUCCUAGUGGAAGUUCCAGCGGCAGCGCCGUCUCUUCAGCGAUCGGUCUUGCAUUCGCAGCUCUCGGAUCAGAAACCGACGGCAGCAUUCUGAGCCCCAGUGAGGUUAGCAAUCUCGUAGGUAUCAAGCCCACCGUAGGACUUACCUCCCGAUCCCUGGUCAUCCCCAUCAGUCAACGCCAAGACACCGUAGGUCCAAUAGCAAGGACCGUCAAAGAUGCAGCUUAUGUUCUUCAAGCCAUUGCCGGCAAGGAUCCGCACGACAACUACACGUUGGCUCAACCAUGGGACACACCUCCUGAUUACGUCGCCGCCUGCAACUUCUCCAGCCUACGCGGAAAGCGUAUCGGUAUUCCACGCAAUGUGAUUGACCCAACCGAAGAGCCAGAUGACACGGUCAUAGUCGCCUUUAACGCUGCUGUUGAGACCAUCAAAAAAGCAGGCGCAACGAUCGUCGACAACACCAAUAUUACGGUGUACGCACUCGCCCAGUACAACAACGGCUCGAACGAAAACAUCGUCCUUGACGCCGACUUCGUCUCUGAUCUCCCGGGCGAGUAUCUCUCAAUGCUAACCUACAACCCGCAAAACGUGCACGACCUCGCCGAUGUAGAAAACUUCACCCACCACUUCGCACAAGAAGAUUACCCUGACCGCGACACCGCAGUAUGGGAUCAAUCGUUAGCACUCGGUUUCAACAACACCAGUCCCCUGUUCUGGGCCGCCUAUCAGAACAAUCUAGAAGUAGCUGGUCCCCAAGGUAUCCUCGGCUUGCUGGCGAACUACAGCCUUGACGCGUUGAUUCUGCCAACGGAUUUCUCGCCCGGGCUGCCGGCCAUGAUUGGGACGCCGGUCGUAACGGUACCACUGGGGUUCUAUCCUGCGAACGAGACCGUGGUGCGGAAUAUGAGAGGGACGUUGAUUGAGACGGGGCCCAACAUUCCAUUCGGACUCAGCUUCAUCGGCGCAGCAUGGAGCGAAGCCAGCCUCAUUGGGUAUGCAUAUGCGUACGAACAAAGAACGCAGACCCGUAAUAAAGUUCAGCCGUACAUCGUGCCCUCGACGGAGCUGAUUGAUGUCGUGGGCAAGAGUAGCGGGAACUUUUCCAUGCCCAUGGGCAAAAGGAGCCUCAAGAGCCUAAGGAACUUUGAGAGCGUGAGAAGCUAUGAGAUGAAAAGGAGCAUUGACAGUAAGAGGAAUUUCCCGAGAAAGGUGUCGUCGAGGCAUGUGAGGUAG